AUGCCCAAACUGCAGAAGGCCUUUGAAGGCCCGUACCUAGUCAAGAAGAAGCAGUCCGACCUGUCAUUUGCUUCUGGUAGUAAGGGGAAAGCUGCCUAUCGUGGGAGACAGUACCAAUGCAGAAGAUGUCUGAAGGUCGAUAGGAGAGGCCGUACAGUAGCACACAUUCUGAAGCAUCACGUGCCAUUUGAUCAGAUGCCAUAUUCCUGCUCCCUUUGUAGCUUUCGGUGCUUUGACAAGGACACACUGGUCAACCACAUUUCACAGUACAGGCGGCACAAGGAGGAAGUAGCGAAGGCCGGUGGCAAGGUGGACCAUUCCAGGGUGCUGAAUCGGUCAAGCAACCCCAAAUAUGUUGGAGACGAGGACAUGAUCCUGCUCACUCAUGAAGACCACGGCAGGAAGUGCACCAGACAAGAGGAUCCGCUGGAUGACAGAGACAGCAUUUUCGAGGAAGGCGAGGACGACUUCGAUGCCCUGUCCUUACCAGAUUGGGCCAAGGGCAGUCCCCUUGAAAUGCCGUACCAGGCCCCUUCCUUGUCAAUGCCUGCUGCUCCGGCGAACAGUACCAUUCAGUUCCCGGUAUACAAUGGACUCCAGCAGGUGCUGACUUCUGCUCCUCCUAGGACCACCUCCUUGAUGACCAUGCCAGCUGCUGCAGUGAGUAGUGUCCCAAGUUUCCAGUUGCCAGUAUACGGUGGACCCCAGCAGGUGCUUACAACUCCUCCUAAGACACCGCCACGUUCACCAUGCCAGUUGCUACUGGGAGUAGCAACACUAGCAGUUAUUUCCCAGUGUUUGGUGGGGCCCAACAGGUGCUGA